AUGGAAUCUCCCGUCGCGCGUCUCGGUCAGUUGCGCAAUACUUCUAGCUUUCAGCCCGAUGGCGGAGAGGCCACCAUGAGCGAGGAGUGUGCCAAUCCCUUAUUAUUGGGAUGGAUCAAAGAAUGGCUCGAUCAAGCUCGCGAGCGGAACAGCAAGGGUGUGACAGUGUACAAAAAAGCAUACGAGUCGAUGAAAGCAUGUCCCUUGGCAUUCGAGCACCCAUCUCAGGCCCAACAACUCAAUGGGCUGGGCCCCAAGCUGUGCGAUCGCCUGACGGAUAAACUCAAAGCUCACUGUGAGGAGAAUGGGCUUCCCAUGCCGGAGCCUCCUGGCAAAGCCAACAAAAGGACAUCUGAUACAGGUGUUACCGACCAACCGGCGAAAAAGCCCCGGAAAACUAAGCCCUACGUCCCAGCUUUGCGUUCCGGCGCUUAUGCGCUCCUGCUCGGCUUGGCGACUAUUGGGGAAAAUUCGUCACAGGGGAUGACCAAGGCUCAUUUGAUCGAUGUAGCUCAACCGUAUUGUGAUAGUUCCUUUACGGCACCUACGGACCCAACUAAAUUCUACACGGCUUGGAAUUCCAUGAAAACACUGAUCCAAAAAGACUUGGUCUAUGAACAUGGUCGACCGCUCAGGAAAUAUGCGCUCUCUGAGGAUGGCUGGGAAGUUGCUAAACGUAUUCGGAAGACCCUGCCUGGGUCGGUCGAGGGCAUGGCAGCCGCCUUCGCAGGCGGCGAGUCUCAGUCUCAGCCUGGCACCGCUGCUGACACUGCAUCAACCAUAAUUGAUGCCGGCGAUCUUGAAGACACACCACAACCGAACGCUCAACUUUUUCAGCGUUCAAAUGUCGAUGGACCCACUGACCCGAUUCCACUUCCUCCAGGAUCUUUCACUAUCCAACUUGUGCUGGAUACUCGCGAAGUUCGUACAUCGACAGACAGAGACUACAUCGCAAACGAACUUAUCAAGCAAGGUAUUACUCCCCAGGUGCGUGCCCUGGAACUGGGCGAUGUAAUGUGGGUGGCCAAGUGCCAUGAUCCCGAUUUUCUCUCCCGGCAUGGCGAAGAAGGCGAUGAAAUAAUGUUGGACUGGAUUAUUGAAAGAAAACGCUUGGAUGAUCUCAUUGGGUCUAUUAAAGACGGACGAUUUCGCGAACAGAAGUUUCGUCUUCGUCGCUCUGGCAUCAAGAAUGUCAUCUACCUAAUUGAAGAAUUCUCCAUCACCCACCCGGAAUCUGGGGGCGGUGCGCAGAAAUAUCAGGAGAUGGUUGCCUCUGCUAUUGCCUCGACGCAGGUGGUCAACGGAUACUUUGUCAAAAAGACACGCAAUUUGGAUGAUUCGAUCCGCUACUUGGCGCGGAUGACCUUGCUACUCCGGAAAAUGUACGGAGUCUCGGACUCACCUGAUCAAGGGCCGAGCACCAAUCAUUCUGAGGCUUCUCCGUCUUCAAAGAUUUCUGUUGUUCCCAGUAGCCAGAUCUCCUCCACGCAAUCCUACGUGGCACUGUUAGACAAUUGUCGUGUUCAGGAUCCUUCCCGUACAUACGGUGUGACAUUUUCGACAUUCUCGGCUUUGACUUCUAAAUCCGACGUCCUGUCUCUCCGGGAUAUUUUUUUGAAGAUGCUAAUGUGCACGCGGGGCGUGACUGGUGAAAAGGCGCUUGAGAUACAGCGACAUUGGCAAACCCCACGGGGCCUGGUUGAGGCUUACAUGGCUUUGGACCCUAAAGAUCGCGAUGCAAUGGUGUCAGACAAAUUGCAAUCCUUGGUGGGAAGGAAAAAGGUUCCUAAAGCUGUCAGUAAACGAAUUGCUGAAAUCUGGGGAAACGGCGGAUAA